AAAAAAAAAAAAAAAAAAAAAAAAGAGAGAGACGGCGGAAUGGGAGGAAAUGGUGUCGUUCGUGAACUAACAUUAUCCUCCUCUAGGUACUUCAUGUACUAUCACCCGGUUUCAACACCUAUUAUCUUGAUACCCUUCUUCACCUUCUGGGAACUCGUAUUUUACAUCAUCACCUGGCGUCUUCUCUCACGCUGGGGGUUAUGUCCAAAGUUUCGAUCUCAGGCCCUCACGGUUGUACGUGAUCAGAAACGGCUCAACAAUCCACAGUCGCAACCUCAGUCUUUGGCAGCACCGCACCAUCAAUUUUCGCCGCAGCUUCAGAGCCUUCCGGGAUGGUUGGAGACAGAUACCUCGGAUGAAAAAAUACAACGCGACAGCGGAGGGACUGGCUUUUAAUUUGGAUAUGAUGGCGCGCUGGAACAAGUAGAUAAUACUGCUGAAACACGCUCUCCUACCCCCACUGGGACCGCAGGAUAGUCGGUCUCACAACGACCAUUGAGGUACAGGAACGCAGAGCUAUUGGGCAUAGCUUGACGCGCUCGAUUGGUCUUUGGUUCAUCUCAGAUGUUUAAGUGCGAGACACGUCUGGAAUGUUGCUGCAUGAUAUUUCAAGAAUACUUGCUGCGUGCUGUGCGAUGGUGCAGUUCAUAGAAUAUCUAUGUGUAGCGGGUAAUGGACGACAGACAUAUCCUAGCUCGUGUAGCUUAGUAAUAGAACGUCGUGCUAACAACGCUUUACAUGUGUAAACCCCAC